AUGGCGUACCAGUUCUACAUAUCUAAAUUCUUUCAACGAGUUAUCAGCAAAAGUAGCCUACAUGGUGCUUAUCAUCUAUCCGCUCCAAAGCACACUAUGUUCGAAAGAUACCUAUGGGGUACACUGAUUGUCUCAACUGUUUUAUACUCUUCAUAUUUGAUAACGCUGUUUUGGAUCCGUUACCUAACAAACCCAACUGUGAUUUCCCUUGAUCGGAACUAUCACGAGUGGAACACGACGUUUCCAAGUAUAACCGUUUGUUUCCAUGAUCGACUGAAUACAACUGCACGGGAUAUCUUGAUCCAACGCAUGAAACCAAAAAAUGCCACCAAAUUUAUGGAAUUUUUGAACUUACUAGCCGAAACCGACAUCUCCAAUUUCGACCAGUUGAUAGAAUUCGAUGAAUACAGCAAUUUAGAUUUGGAAGCUAUUCUAAACGCAGUAGUCAACCAAAUCCAUGUAAACGUGACACUCAGUAAUGGUAUGGAGGCAAAGUUCCACCGAAUCAUCUCGGAACUUGGAGUUUGUUACACUUUCAAUUCAGCUAUUCUUCGAUACUUGUCUGUUGGCACAAACGUCAGCAACAAUAGUUCACAAGAGCUGGUUGAAAUAAGCAUAAUAGAGAGAGAAACAACGGCAGCUUUGAACAACUUAUCAUGCAAUGGAAACAUUUUCUACCACGGUCCUUUUGAGGUACCCACGUUUCUUAAGAAACUCGUGGUACCAUCGUCAGCAUCGGCAUUCGUGAAAAUGUCAUUCAAGCCGGUUAUCAUAAUGGCAGAUGCCACAAUCGAGAACCUCUACGUAAAACAGCGAAAUUGUCGGUAUCCUCAUGAGUCAAACUUGCAACUGUUUCCGGAAAUCUAUUCGUACAGCUUGUGUUCGCUUGAGUGCAAGUUGACGCAAUUCCUUGAAACAUGUGGAUGUGUGCCACAUUUGUAUAAGUUUGGUGGUUUUCCGAUGUGUUCUCUAGGCAAUCUUGGUUGUGUUUCGAAAAAUUUGCUGAAGGUUCAUCAGAAUGCUUCAUCAUGCGGAUGCCUCAAGGACUGCACGUUGAUCAAUUUCACUCUGCAAAGCUAUUUGUUGCUCGACUGGUUCAAUAGUCCACUGAUUAAAUGGGACAUAGCUGUUUCCAAAAUACGAUAUAGUCGGCGAAUAAUCUUCAACUUUUCUGAUGCCAUGGUGUCAACUGGAGGCAUAGCUGCAUUAUUCUUUGGAGCAAGUUUUGUCACAUUGGCAGAAAUCAUGUUUCUCAUAGUAAAAACUGCGAUUACACAGGAGAAAAAAAUUUGA